UUAUUUAUCACGGCCUUGGUAGGUUUAGGUUCAGAAUCCUCGUUCUUUGCAAUUUCGGGCAAAACGAUUGGGUCCUUCCGGAGGAUCCGUGCUGGGUAAAUUCAUUCAUUGCAUGCUUUCCUCUUAGCUUGGUUGCUGUCUUUUGUGAAAGGCGUGGGAGUGAAACAGUGUAGUAGCAGCGAGGGCACAUGAAAGGAGGAAGGAAGAAUCUGAAGAGGGCAGCAGGGGAACAGAAGUUCAAUCUCCAGGAUGGUCAAACCAUCAUGCAAGUGCUGUCUCUUCGAGGUUCUAAUCUCAUUGAGGUAAUGGAUGGGCAAGGCGAGAAAUCACUGGCAUUGUUUCCAGCUAGGUUUCAAAAGAGCAUGUGGAUAAGACGAGGUAGUUUUGUUGUGGUUGACAUAAGUGGAAAGGAAAAGGCUCUUGAAUCGGGUAGCAAGGUGGCAUGCCUUGUGUCCCAAGUUCUCUUUUAUGAACAAGUUCGGCCUCUUCAGAAAUCUCCAGAAUGGCCUGAAAUCUUCAAAUCUACACAUUUGGAGGAUUCUAAUAGAAGUUUGCGUGGGCAGACCUCCCAGCAAGAAGAGAAUGAGCUUGAAUCUAGUGAUGAGGAGGGACUUCCCCCAAUAGAGGUCAAUACUAACAGAAUCAAACCCUUCGAACUUCUAUCAGAUGCAGAAUCAAAUUCGGGUUCAGAUAGAGAUUCUUAAGUUAUUAAAUGUGAGACAAAAGGCAUCAUUGUAAGAGUUGAACCUGCAUCACGAAAUACGAGGAUGGGAAAGUUUUUUGCAUUAA